GGUGGAGACUUACUGCCUAUAGUGAAGUAAAUAUAUACAAUCCUGCUUAUUUUUAUUUAAUAGUUUUUAUCUGGUCUAAUUCUAUAUAGAUUUAUUCAAUUUUAAAAUUAAUUUCUGUGCGUGAAAAUUACAGUUGUAUAGCAUACAAUCGCCAGUUUACUUGAGAAACGCUUCUAAAAUAUGUAUUCAAAAGGAUAUUACAAGCUAUACUAUAAUGGAAAGCAAAAUAAGAGAAUUCCUCGAAGUACUUGGUAUUUACGGAAAAGAAAAUCAAAAGAAAAAGACGAAGCAAAGCAGCAUUUACUAAUUUUACUGUUUCUAGUAUUGAUCACUGCCAAUCUUUAAACAUUCCGGAUGCUGAAAAUGAGAUACCGUCUAAUCCAGAUGAUGUAUUGAAUGUAAAUCCGAGUGACGAUCAUCAAAAUAAUGCACCGAUGCAAGUAGAUGAACCACGUAUUGACAUAAACAAAGCUUCGGACGUAAAGAAAAAAAGAUGCAAGAAGAAGGUGUCAACAGAAAAACUAAAAAGAAACUUGUGUAACGGCUUAGAUCUCAAUGUUGCUGAAGUGAUACUAUUAUUUUUAACUUUAACGCAGAAACAUUCAUUCACAUGGAUCGCUUUAUUUGAUAUUUUUGAGGAAAUGUAAUAACUAUUUGGGACAAAGUUCAAAUUCAAAUUUUAUAAUGGAUUGUCCUUGCGGCGAAAAAAUUAAUGCAGCAUCCGUAGGUUCAUUUUUUAUACAAAUUGAUCCAACAAGAUAGCUCCAAAAAAUGUUUGAAGAUCCACUUAUACUUAAUGAUAUAGAGGAAAGGUUUAAUCGUAAGAAAAUAGAUGAUAGUGCAUUAGAAGACAUUUUUGAUGGAAAAAUAUACAAACAAUAUUCUAAAGAUCCAAAUUUGUUAGGAAAUCCAUUUAAUUUUUCUUACACAUUCAAUACGGAUGGGUGUCAAUCUUCAGAUAAAUCAAAAGUGACCAUAUGGCCUAUAUACAUGAUGAUUCACGAACUUCCAGAUAAUUUACGAAAAAGGUGUAUGCCACUAGCUGGAUUAUGGAUACCAAAACAAGAGCCAAAUAUGAAGAUAUUUCUACAACCAUUUGUAGAUAAAUCAAAUGAAUUGUCUACAAAAGGAUUUACAUGGAAAUAUUAUACAAACUACGUGACCAGUAAGUUGUUUCCAUUAGGAUGUUGUGUGGACUCCCCUGCUCGUUCAUCUGUGUUAAAUAUGAAGAGGUUUAAUGGUUUUUAUGGUUGUACAUAUUGUGAACACCCAACAACAUUGAUAGAAUGCGUCCGGAAAUAUCCAAUGCUGAGUGAUCCACCAUCUCUACGUACACAUAACCGUAUAAUACAGUGUAUGAUCGAAGCUUCUAACAAUAAUGGAUACGACGUUAUGGGAGUUUGGGGUCCAUCUCCGUUAAUGUAUUUGAAACAUUUUGAUUUAGUGAAAGGUAUGGUACUUGAUUUCAUGCACUCCUGUUUACUAGGAGUAACUGAAUUGUAUACGAAGAUAUUAAUGUCAAAUUCUAAAGAUGACUAUUAUAUUGGCUCCCCGUCAAACACACUAUUAAUUAAUGAAAGAUUACUGUCAAUAAAACCUCCAUCAUGUGUUGCUAAUAUGCCACGAGACAUCAAUGAAAGAAAUCAGUGGAAUGCAUCGCAAUGGUUCAGUUGGCUUUUCUUUUAUUCAUUAAUUUGCUAUCGAGGAAUGUUGCCUUCUAAAUAUUACGAUCAUUGGGCUCUCCUUGUGUCAGCAAUGCAUAUAUUUUUAGAAGACUCUAUUACUCCUAAAAUGUUACAAGAAGCUGGAAUAUCAAUUGUUAAAUUUGUAUAUUAUUUUGAAAAAUUAUACGGAGAACAUUAUAUGCAUUACAAUGUUCACUUAUUAUUGCAUUUCAAAGACACAGUAGAAAACUGGGGCCCUUUGUGGGCUAAUAAUACAUUUGCUUUUGAAAAUCAAAAUAGAUUGCUGUUAAAAAAUAAAAAAUGCGAUAAUCGUAUUGCACAGCACAUUGUUUAUCGACUAUUAAUUUAUCAGCAAUUACCUUUGCUUGAACGACAAAAUUAUAUUUCAAGUAAUACAAGAAAUAUGUGUUAUAACUUACACAAUAAAAAUCGAUUAAAAAAAUUUGAAAUUUUGAAGAAUGUAAUUUAUUAGGACGUGGAAAGAAUUAUGAAUUAUCAAAUGAUGAGCAAUUAUGUGCAGCUAGAGAUUUGAAUAUUUCAAACAUAAAAAAAUGCUUUAUUUAUUCUAAAAUCAUAUACAAUGGUGCCGUUUUACUUCCUGUUUGUAUAAUAGAUCCAUAAAGACCGAUGAUUCCGUGUUUCAAAGUGUAACGGGUGAUUUUGGUAUUAUAACAAAGAUUUGUAAAAUAGAAUAUGAUAACAAAAAAAAGAUAAUCGUCUUUUACGAUAAAAUAGAAUUAACAAAUGACUUUAUUGUAGAUAAUGCGGAUGUGCGUGUUCAACAUUUACAACAUUGUAAAAUAUCAUCGACAAAUAAUUUAAAUAUUAUCACUCAUGAUCACAUACAUAAACCAUGUAUCUUAAUGAAAGCCGGAAGCGAAUUAUUCAUAAGUAGAUUAGUAAAAGCGACCAUUGGGAAAUGUAUAAAUUAAAAAUUCAUAUUUUGUAUUCUUGAAAUAAAAAUAUAUUUCAUCUCCAUGUACAGAAUAAAUUAAAUAUGCUUUCUAAACGUCUUUAAUGUUUAUGUACUUCCCUGUAUGUUUUCGUACGUUUUAGUACAUUUUUGUACGUUUUCGUACAAUCAAGUAUGUUUCUGUACAUUCAAAUAUAUUUCUGUAAUAUUUCUGUAUGCUGAAGUAUGUUUUCGUACGUUCGAGUACGUUUUCGUACGUUCAAGUACAUUGAUGUACUUUUCCGUAAAACAUAUUUAAUUUUUCUAAAAAAUUUUUACUAGCAAAUGUAUAUAGCUGUAUAUCGCGGUACGCACGAGUAUGUUCUUGUAUGAUUACGUAAGUGAUAGUAGAUUACCGUACGUUUCCGUACGAUCGCGUAUGUUUCCGUAUGAUUGCGUACGUUUCCGUAUGAAGUGUCCAAAUUUUAAUAAAAACGUACGUAAACGUACGGCAGAAUACUAAUAUCUACAUAAUCGUGCUAGGACUUACUUCAAUGUACGUGAAUUUCCAGUAAUUUACGUUGAUUUACGUUGAAGUACUAAUUAUUAUUUCCAUUCGGGCCCGUUACAAUAUGUACAACCAUAAAAACCAUUAAACCUCUUCAUAUUUAACACAGAUGAACGAGCAGGGGAGUCCACACAACAUCCUAAUGGAAACAACUUACUGGUCACGUAGUUUGUAUAAUAUUUCCAUGUAAAUCCUUUUGUAGACAAUUCAUUUGAUUUAUCUACAAAUGGUUGUAGAAAUAUCUUCAUAUCUGGCUCUUGUUUUGGUAUCCAUAAUCCAGCUAGUGGCAUACACCUUUUUCGUAAAUUAUCUGGAAGUUCGUGAAUCAUCAUGUAUAUAGGCCAUAUGGUCACUUUUGAUUUAUCUGAAGAUUGACACCCAUCCGUAUUGAAUGUGUAAGAAAAAUUAAAUGGAUUUCCUAACAAAUUUGGAUCUUUAGAAUAUUGUUUGUAUAUUUUUCCAUCAAAAAUGUCUUCUAAUGCACUAUCAUCUAUUUUCUUACGAUUAAACCUUUCCUCUAUAUCAUUAAGUAUAAGUGGAUCUUCAAACAUUUUUUGGAGCUAUCUUGUUGGAUCAAUUUGUAUAAAAAAUGAACCUACGGAUGCUGCAUUAAUUUUUUCGCCGCAAGGACAAUCCAUUAUAAAAUUUGAAUUUGAACUUUGUCCCAAAUAGUUAUUACAUUUCCUACAAGAUACAUGAUUUGUUAAACUUUCCUUGUCAACAUGCAGCAAUUUUUUUAACAUAUAUUUCGUAAGUGGAAAAAUAUUUUUUUUGAAAAUAUAA